ACUCCGUUCCCAUCACAUUCCAUCUCAUCCAUCAUGGCGGCUAACGGUCUGUACAAUCUUUACCGGCUCGCCAUCCCCGUGGCGACGGGUGCGAUGAUCUUCAACGCUUCCAUCUACGACGUCCGCGGUGGAACACGGGCGGUCAUCUUCGACCGAUUGAGCGGUGUCCAGGAGAAGGUUGUCAACGAGGGCACACAUUUCCUGAUCCCUUGGCUGCAGAAGGCGAUUGUCUAUGAUGUUCGAACCAAGCCCCGCAAUAUCUCCACUACAACGGGAAGUAAGGACUUGCAGAUGGUGAGCUUGACGCUGCGAGUCUUGCAUCGCCCUGAUGUCCCGAAGCUCCCGGUCAUCUACCAGACCUACGGUACCGACUACGACGAGCGUGUCCUCCCCUCCAUCGGAAACGAAGUCCUCAAAGCCAUCGUGGCCCAGUUCGACGCCGCAGAGCUCAUCACGCAACGAGAGGCCGUCUCGAACCGUAUCCGCACCGACUUGUUGAAGCGUGCCGCACAGUUCAACAUCGCCCUGGAAGAUGUCUCCAUUACGCACAUGACCUUCGGAAAGGAGUUCACACGGGCCGUCGAGCAGAAGCAGAUCGCACAGCAGGACGCCGAGCGUGCCCGGUUCAUCGUCGAGAGAGCCGAGCAGGAGCGUCAGGCGAACGUUAUCCGUGCGGAGGGUGAAGCCGAGAGUGCCGAGAUCAUCAGCAAGGCCGUCGCGAAGGCCGGUAGUGGUCUUAUUGAGAUUCGUCGGAUCGAUGCCACAAAGGAUAUUGCUCAGACGCUGGCCAAUAAUCCCAACGUCACCUACCUGCCUGGCAAUGAAGGCAAGGACGGUGGAAAGAGCACAAGUCUGCUGCUGGGUCUGAGGAAUUAAAUGAGGGGGGGAUGAAGAAAUCCGGUUGCUUGAAGAAAACAAGGCACGAGGCCGGUCACCCAAUGUGACAUUUUAUUGUAUUGAUCUCAUUUAUUCCAACAGGAUGAGGAUUUGGGCUUGCAUGAUCUCCUGGCGAAUUGAUGCUGUAUGGUUGUUCCUCCGUCUCUCUUAACUCAUAGUCUUUAUCUGUAGCAAUAGUAUAUCCAUUCCUCUCUACAAGUCCC